AUGGCUUCCUCAGACUUUUUCAAUUCCCCUAAUCUUCAAAAUAAAUUUGAUCAAAACGUAGCAGGGGAUAAUAAGCUGAGUGACAGUUAUAUUAUUGAAGAUGACAAUGACCGAAAACCUGGGCCUGUUCAUCAAUUCCAACUUGUUUCUCCCAGGACGAUUACUGGUCCUGCCAAUAUGUCCAAUAAAGGAGCAAUUGACUGGGGCUAUCAUGGCUUGAUGGCGUAUGGAUCUAACUCAACAGUGUUUGUCAUUGAUACAAGAAAUGUUCAAGUUGUACAAACAUUAGAUAAACACAAAUCAACUGUUAAAAAGAUUUUAUGGGUAUCUGGUGUAGAAACUAAGCGGGAUGGAAAUCCAGGGAUACAGCUCGUCUCAGGGGAUGUUUCAGGUCAAAUAAUACAUUGGGACGUUACAACGUCGACAGCACUAGCACUUCUACAAGAUGGGAAUAAAGCUGUGUUAGGUAUGGAAUGGGUUCCUGGCCUGGAAAAUGAAUUAAUGCUGGCAGCUCUUCAUUCUCCUUACUUUCUCAUAAUUUGGGACAUAAAAAAACAAGCAAAGUUGUGGAAAAAAAGUUUUACUGAUGCUCUACUCAGUUUUAAUUUUGAUCCUUUUGACGGAUCGAAGAUAGCAUUUUUGUGUCAUGAUUGUAUAUUAUUUGUGGAUGAUUUUAAAAUUGGAAAAAUACCAUCAACUAAUGGUAGAAAGUAUUAUAUAUCUACUCCUAGGCUUGAUUCCAGUUUUGAGGAGAAUAUCAGAGGUCGUGAUCGUUUAAAGAAAUUAAUGAAAGGGCUGGUAGUUGCUGAAACAAAACCUAAGCCAGAUGAAGUAAUGACUAUCAGUGAAUGUGUUCAACUGAUGUAUCAUAAAUCUUUACGCCAUCAUUUAAUUUUGUUAUAUCCACGUGAUAUCAUUUUAAUUGAUUUGCAUAUUCAUCAAACUAUUGGCAUUGUACCCAUUGAAAGAACCAUGUCUCCUCUUUUGCAGGUUAUUACUACCAGGCAUCGUGACUUAUUAUACUGCCUUCACGAAUCCGGAAGUGUCAGUGUCAAAGUAAGGAAAAAAGUAUAUCAAACAAUCACUCCAUCACCUCUUGAUGGGAAUGACAAUUCUAGUGCAGAUUUUGGUUCAUAUUCUUCGGAUAUGUUCAUGUAUUACGAACAUAAAUGUCAGAGUGAAAUUAUUCGACAAAUUAAAAGUUCAAGAGUUCUUGGUAUAUCCUUGGAUCCUAUUUCAGAAAAAAAUAUUGGUUUGUUUUUAAGUUCUGGAAAAGUGAUUUUUUUGGAAUUAGAGCUUAACAGUGGCAUAGACAAUUCGGAGCUGCGAACAAUCUCUGAUUUAUUUUCACCUCUUUCAGUCGAAAAGGCACCUUUGAGGCUCCUGCCUACAUCUGUUCUCUCGGGCAUCAACGGUAACAUAACAAUAAUGAGAAUGUGUCCGCCGAUGACAAAAAGAAAUAAAGAUUUUUAUUUGCCUCUUCUCGCCGUUGGUACCAGUACUGGUUACCUUUAUCUCUACCAUUUGUCAUACGGUACUAUAUUUAAAGAAUUGGUAAUACAUAGCAAUCCGAUCAGGGGUAUAGAAUGGACUGGAUUAAGAAGCAUUAUCACAUUUGGUUACGGAGAGGGAAGUAAAGUUAAGAAUGAAGUGUUCAUUACCGACAUAAGAACAGGACAAACAAUGUCGAUAAGGACAGACAAAAGCAAUGAAAAUCCAAUAUCCAUUCUGAGGGUGUCACCUUUGAGGCAAUACUUUGUUAUAUAUCUAAAGGAAGGACCAUUUGAGCUAUGGGACUUGGCAACCCUAACUCUCCUAAGAGCCAUAACUAAAAAAUUCCCAUCUUUAACAGCAAUUGAAUGGUCUCCAAUUUACAGUGCGAAAUCAUUACAGUCAAAAAGAAAAUCUAAGUCUGAUAUUUAUGAUGGUGGAUACCGCACACUUGUCAGGGAGCAUUUGGUUCUCUCCGACAACAAUAGUCAACUAUAUCAUUUUUCUGUCGAAGGAGAUAGCAUAAAGGAUGGCAUGAAAAUUCCACCUGAGUCAGGUUAUGUCAACAUGGUCACUUCGCUUGCAUUCAAAGCCAAUCAAAUUGUGCUGAGUGAUAUGGAUGGCUGUGUAUACCUGUGGGAUUUAAAAGCAAGAUCAUCUCGAAAUGUGAAUACUAACAGAGGUGCCAUCAAGUAUUUGCGCUUCGCGCCUGGAAAAACUAAUUUGAAAUUCCUUAUAUUAUUCAAUGAUGGUAUUGAUAUAAUUGACUUGGAUCAGAAUCAAUAUGAGAAAAAAGCUCAGUUGAAAUGGGGCAGAGAGAAUAGUAAAAUUGUUGAUGCAGAUUGGGCAAAUUCGGAACUCCCGGUAAUAGCUACUGAAGAUGGCUGGAUUCGAAUCCUCGACAUAAAGCUCACUUGUACAUCCUCUCCCAUCUCACAGUAUAACUUUAAAUAUAUCAUCAGCUGUCCAACAAUGUUAUCUCCAAAAUUAUUAACAAAGAUGCAAUUCAUAUUAUGCACACAGUUCUGGAAGUCGACCCCGAACUAUAGAACUCUAUGUGUACAAGAUGGCAUUCCUGAACAAAACCUUGCUCAGGUAAAUUCUCAACUGGAGUUGCUCGACAUAGGACCUGAGUUUGCUGAUUUAAAUGUUGCUGAAAAGUGUCUUAGGGUGAGUGAAAUGCUUGGGGACACGUACGGUGUUGACUUAUGGACAGUGGCUCUGUAUUAUUUAAAAGUUUCAGCUGCUGAUAAAAAAAGCGAAAAACAAAGUACUCUUUCAAAAGAUGACUCUUUGUCGAUGGAUUUGAAGAGGAUGAAUCAAUACCCAGACAUUGAACCGCUCGAUACAUGUUACGAUUAUCUGAUGGAUCCUUACUCGUAUCAGAGGCUUCAGCUAGACCGUGUUAGUCUCCAUGAAUGGAAACGGGGCGAUUACAAACACACCCAAAUGGUUGUCGAGAGGUUAGUUCUGCUCGGAGAAAUGGACAGAGCUGUGCAACUCCUACUUGAGACAGACAUUGACAACCCUAACUAUUACACAGAUGCCAUCAAAGCUUGCUUGGUCGCUACGAUUCAGCAAACUGGAGCGGCUCAGAGCACUAUUAAGUUAGUGGCAACGAAUCUGAUUGCUAAUGGAAAGAUUUGGGAAGGUGUUCAGCUUUUGUGCCUCAUCGGAAAAGGUCUCGAUGGAUGCAGGUACUUGGUGUCUUAUGGAAUGUGGGAAUCAGCAGUAUGGCUUGCAAAAUCUGUUUUACCAAUCCCUGAUGCUGUUGAGGUGAUGAAGAAGUUUGCAGACCAUUUAGCCUCAAACGGAGAUAGGUUUGCUGCUAUUUUGGUUUUGAUAUCACAAUUGCAGUUUGAGAAAGCGUUGGAAAUGUUAUACAGUCAACAUCAAGUGUUGACUGGUGGUCUCCUCCUGAUGGCUUGCCAGCAUUACGAUAUCGAUAUAAGUCAUCAAUUAAUAGUUGCAGUUUAUUCAUCACUACACGACUACUUACUUUCCAUCGGGAACCUGGACGGAGCGAGAGGGCUAGCGGAGCAUUUGAAAAUUAAAGUCAAUUAA